AUGGCCGAAUUCAUCCGGGCCCAAAUCUUUGGCACGACCUUCGAGAUAACGUCGAGGUACUCGGAUCUGCAGCCCGUUGGUAUGGGAGCAUUUGGUUUGGUCUGCUCCGCCAAAGAUCAGCUCACCAACCAAAGUGUUGCCAUCAAGAAGAUCAUGAAGCCUUUCAGCACUCCGGUGCUCGCCAAGCGAACCUACCGUGAACUGAAGCUUUUGAAACAUUUGAAACACGAGAACGUCAUCUCGCUCAGCGAUAUCUUCAUCUCCCCCCUCGAAGAUCUUUACUUCGUGACAGAGCUGCUCGGAACUGAUUUGCACAGGCUGUUGACCUCGAGGCCCCUUGAGAAGCAGUUUAUUCAAUACUUCCUGUACCAGAUCAUGCGUGGUUUGAAGUACGUUCACUCGGCCGGCGUUGUGCACCGUGAUCUGAAGCCCAGCAACAUCCUGGUCAAUGAGAACUGCGACUUGAAGAUCUGCGAUUUCGGUCUGGCACGUAUUCAGGAUCCCCAAAUGACUGGCUACGUUUCGACCAGAUAUUACAGAGCCCCCGAAAUCAUGCUUACCUGGCAGAAGUACGACAUCGAGGUUGACAUCUGGAGUGCUGGCUGCAUUUUCGCUGAAAUGUUGGAGGGUAAGCCCCUCUUCCCCGGCAAGGACCACGUCAACCAGUUCUCCAUCAUCACCGAGCUACUCGGAACUCCUCCGGAUGACGUUAUCAACACCAUUGCUAGCGAGAACACGCUUAGAUUCGUCAAGUCUCUCCCCAAGCGUGAGAGGCAACCAUUGAAGAAUAAGUUCAAGAACGCGGAUCCAGCUGCAAUUGAUUUGCUCGAGCGCAUGCUUGUCUUCGACCCCAAGACGCGAAUUACAGCAACAGAGGCUCUGGCUCACGAGUAUCUUGCUCCAUACCACGACCCGUCUGAUGAGCCUAUGGCCGACGAGAAAUUCGAUUGGAGUUUCAACGAUGCUGAUCUACCAGUUGAUACGUGGAAGAUCAUGAUGUACUCCGAGAUCCUUGAUUACCACAACGUGGAAUCGGGUAUCACACAAGGCGAGGAGCAAUAUAACGGUCAAUAG